AUGUCACAUUCAAGACUGGGCUCCCUAAGCUCAUCUAUUAUGUCUAGUUCAGUUCAUAAUCAUCCUCAAAAAAUUGGUCCUUGGAAGUUAGGCAAAACUUUAGGAAGAGGAGCAACUGGAAGAGUAUUAUUAGCAACUCAUCAAACUACUGGACAAAAAGCAGCAGUAAAAGUUGUAUCAAAAUCAGAUUUACAAGAAGAAAGUCAAAAUUCCAAUAAUAAUAAUAAUAAUAAUAAUAGUAAAUCUGAGAAUAAAGAAAAUGAAAAUAAUGGAGAAGGUUUACCUUAUGGUAUUGAAAGAGAGAUUAUAAUAAUGAAAUUAUUAAAUCAUCCAAAUGUUUUAAGAUUAUAUGAUGUUUGGGAAACUUCAAAAGCUUUAUAUUUAGUAUUAGAAUAUGUUGAAGGUGGAGAAUUAUUUGAUUUAUUAGUUGAAAGAGGUCCAUUAGAAGAACCAGAAGCAAUAAAAUAUUUUAGACAAAUAAUCUUGGGAACUGCUUAUUGUCAUGCUUUAGGUAUAUGUCAUAGAGAUUUAAAACCUGAAAAUCUUUUAUUAGAUGCACAAUUAAAUGUUAAAUUAGCAGAUUUUGGUAUGGCAGCUCUAGAAAGUAAUGGAAAAUUAUUAGAAACUUCUUGUGGUUCACCUCAUUAUGCUGCACCUGAAAUUGUUAGUGGUUUAAAAUAUCAUGGAGCUGCCUCUGAUGUUUGGUCAUGUGGUGUUAUUUUAUUUGCUUUAUUAACUGGUAGAUUACCAUUUGAUGAUGAAAAUAUAAGAAAUUUAUUAUUAAAAGUGCAAGCUGGUAAUUAUGAUAUGCCAAUUGAUGAGAUAAGUAAAGAAGCUCAAAAUUUAAUAACAAAAAUGUUAGAAGUUGAUCCGACUAAAAGAAUAUCAACUGAAAAAAUUUUGAAACAUCCAUUAUUAAGUAAAUAUCCUUGUCCAAAUGAGGAUUUAAUUAGUGAAAAAUCAUUACCACAUCCAGAAACUGCUCAUAAAUCAUUAGGUUCAACUAAAAAUAUAGAUAAACAAAUUUUAUCAAAUUUAACAAUAUUAUGGAAUGAUAGAUCUGAACAAGAAAUUAUUGAUUGUCUUUUACAAAAUGGAUCUAAUCCUGAAAAAACAUUUUAUGCCUUACUUUUAAGAUAUAGACAUGCAUCAAAUGAUGAACAACCAAAGAUACCGAAAAGAUCAUUAAGUAGAAGUAAUUCAAGCACGACACCAAAAAAGAAACGCGGUAGUCAAAUAAAUGUUUCAAGACCAACUUCAUUUCAAUAUAAAAAUGGUAUAAGUACAUUGAAUAAUACUAGAACUACAUAUUCAAGAGUAUCAGUUUCAUCUUCAGUUACAAAUUCUCCAAGAAGAGCUUCACCUAAAAAAAGAUACUCACAUAUUCAAGCAUCGCCUGCUAGAUCUCCAUAUAAAAGACAACAAGUUCAAGAAAAUUCUGCAUUUAAGGCAACUCCAAGAAAUAUUUAUAACGAAAUUGUUGAUGCUCAAAGUAAUCAAUCUUUACCUCCAUCUUUACCAUCAAAAGAUUCCAUGUAUGUUGAUAAAUUGUCUGUUUUACCAAACGUUGCUGAAAAUCCGGUUGUUGAUGAAUCUCCAAAUUUAUUACAAUCAGCUAAAUUAUCACAAUCUAAAAGAUCUUCUAUAAUAACGAAACCAAAUAAUAAUAAUAAUAAUAAUACCAAGAGAAUGUCAAAAAGAAAAUCAAUCAGAGCUUCAAUGACAAAUGGGUUGAAAAGAAAUUCAGUCACAAUGAAACUAUUAUCAACUUAUGCAAGAUUGGCUGGUGAUGAUGAUUGGGAAUAUAUGGAUAAACAAACUAAAAGAACUUCUGCUACUUUUGCAGCCUUAUGUGAUAAGAUUUUUAAUCAAGAAGAUUAUAAUGAAAAUGAUGAACAAUUAAUUGAUCCCGAAGAAUUAGAAGCCAAAGAAUAUGAAAGAUUAAUGGAAAUUGAAAGAAAGAAACAUGAAGCAGAAUUAAAAGCUAGAAAAGAAUUAGAGAAGAAGAAGAAAAGACAAAAAAGAAGAUCAAUACUAAGUAAUAAAAAAUUAAGUAUAGUUGUUAAAGAUGAUGAUCCAAAUAAUAAUAGUGAACAAGAUAUGACUCUUGAUAAAGAUGAAAUUAAACAGCCAAAACGUCAAUCCAAGAAUUUAAGUGCUUUGAGAGCUUUAUCGGAAGGAGAAGGUGCUAAGCAUUCAGAAUUAACUAUGGAAGAUGUUGAAGAAUUAAAAAGAAGAUCUGCUAGUCAACCAACUCCGAAAAGAAAACAAACUCCAAUUUUAACAAGACGUCCUGUUUCAAGAUUAGAUCCUUUAUGGCAAGCUCAUCAUAAUGAACAACUUGAACGGGCACAAGAAGCUUUGGAAAAUGAAUGGAAAGAUAAUAAAGAUUCAACAACUAGAAAGAAGAUUAAUAGAGAAUCUAUGGUUUCUGUUAUGGAUGAUAUAGUUGAAGAAAAUAAUGAAUUAAAAAAGAGAAUGUCUAGAGAUAGUUAUUAUGAUAAAGAUAGGGAUUAUGAAUUGCCAGAACCAAACGUUGAAGAAUCAAACUUAACUGAUGAUUAUAUGACUGAGAUUAGAAAAUCAAGAUUACUAAACAGUCAAUUGAAUAUACAUAAGUUAGUUGGAUCUGAACAUAAGAGAGCAGAAUUAAGAAAUGAAAGAGUUCCAACUUUAAUUGGCAAUGUUAAAAUACCAAAUGUUACAAGAAAAUCAAGAAACUUUACAAAUUCAAAUAAGAGAUUAUCGGUGCUAUCAAUAUAUUCAACUAAAGAAUCAUAUAAAGAUCUUAAUUCAAUAAUAGAUUCACACGUACCAGACAGUCACGAUAAAACUCCAGGUUUAAGAACAAGUUUUGCUGAUAGACUAGAUAAAGCUGGUUUACCUGAAGAAGAUGAAGAAGGUGAUGAUGGUCAAUCAGUCAUGGAUUUUGAAGAACAUUUAGCAAACAAAAGACUUUCAUAUCAUGAUGCUAAUAAAAGAGCAUCAAGAGCUUCUACCACGAAAAGGUAUGGUAAACCAGUUUCAAAAAUUCCAGAUUUACCUACAACUCAAGACUAUGAUGACACUUUUGUAAGUAAAAGUGAUGAAGUUCAUAAAAAACAAUAUAGAUCAAUGGUAUCUGAUGAAUCUAGUGAUGUUGAUGAUGUCUUUGAUAAAAUAAAAUUACCAGAUGGAAAACUGACAAAAUCAUCUAUUGAUACACUUGCAAAUGGUGGAUUAAAUGAAAAACAACAAAAGCCAGCAUAUAAUGAUCAACAAAAAUCAAAACCAAUGACAAAAGUACGAAAUAAUGCACCACCAACACCACCAGCUCAUAAUAAUACAAAACAACAACCAUUAAAUGAUAAAACAAAUAAUUAUUCAGAUUUAUCAAAACAACCAAGAAAAGGAUCUUUCUUCAGAAAAUUAUCGUGGGGUACAAAAAACAAAACAGGAAAUACGCAAUUACCAAGUCCAAGUGAAUCAGACGAUGAAAAACCAAAAUCAUCAUUUUUAAGAUGGUUCUCGUCUUCUUCUACAUCCUCAAACCCAACUCAUCAGCAAUUAGAAAUAGAAACUAGAAAGUUUAACACCAUACUACCAAAAGAAGAAAUGUCAACAGCAUUAUUUGCAUUAUUAAACUCAUGGUCAAAUUUCGGAUUAAAAGAUCUUAAGAAUGAUCAAAUAAGUUACAUAAUAUUAGGUGCUAUAUCGAAAUACAAUUCAUUUAAUUUAAAAAGUUGUAAAUUUAGGAUAAAAAUCAUUUCCAAAAAUUCAAAUCAAAAAUCUGAAAUAAUAUGUUCAAGAGUUAAAGGUUCAAAAUUAACUACUGAUACUUUAUUUAAUGAAAUUGAAAAAGUUUUGCAGAAAGAAGGGGUUUUAGAUAAAUAG